AUGAAUAGUAGGAAUACAGUUAUUUAUAUCAAAGUUAAGGGGAAGAGGCCACAAGGAUUCUUGGAUCCUCCCAAGUUUGAGUGGGAUGGUGCAAAGGAGCGGCAGCUCUGGGCAAUGGUAUCAAAUUUGAAUUAUUCGCAAGAUCAAAUAGAUUGGCAGAAUUUAUCCAAAAUUCUUGAAACACCAGAAUUUUUCCUCAAAAAGAGAACAUAUAAAUUGUUUGCCAAACAUUUAGAGCUUUUACAACUACAGUUAGAGAAGAAAAGAGACCUUGAGAAGUAUUCAAAUGUUCAAGUAAAUGAAGGAAUGCCUGAUAUAUUACAUAAGUAUAUCCCCACUUUACAGAAUGAUAAUCUAUUAAACGUACCCGCAACACCACUAGCCACGGAAAGACAGGAUUCCGAAGAAGUUGAGACAGAAGUAACAAAUGAGGUGUUACAACAUUUGCAAACAUCUAAAAUAUUGAAUAUUCACAAGGCAAAAUCAGAUAAUGAAAAGAAAUUCGAUGAUAGCUCGGCUAAGGAUGGUGUUAAUAAGGAACUCGGAUGCAAUAGUUCAGAUGACGACUUAUCUUCGAGUCUAAGUGUUAGUAAAUCUGCGUUGGAAGAAGCGCUAAUGGACAGACUGCAAUUCUGA